AUGUUCCAUUCCCAUGACGUUCCAUUCCACACGUACACAGGCAGCCAACGUGGGGGCCAACUGUUGGCGCUGUCUGGCGUUCUGGCAUUCAGUUGUGAAAAUUCUGCCGCGUCGGUUGUGUGCCCAGGCGCACGAACAGCACUUUUCCAGGCCGACAUUUGCCGACGGCGUCGGUUGAGCAUAACGGUACCUUUCAAUCCUACGCCGGCGAUAUUGGAGGAAUCCGCUCCGUUUGACUUGACUAUUCGUGGGCGUGUGCAUAUUGACAUUGACCCCCCACCGGCGGUACGGUGUGCCACACAAAUUCGCUGUUCUGGAUGGAGACAGAGUGCGGGUGCCGUGGCCCACGAGACGAGAACGGAUCAGCUGGAGCAGCGGCAUCGGCGGUGGCAGCGGCAGCGAGACCAGGAACAGGCACAGGCCCCGGCCCACAGUCAACCACAGCAGCCACGACAACAACAUGGCCAUAAGGGAACAGCAACGAACAAACUGUAGUUCAUGGUUACAACA